AUGGAUCAGAUGCCUGUUGUUGAUAAGGAGUCUGUCGUGCAGAAGCGUAAGAAGGAUCAUAUCGAUAUCUGUCUCCACAAGAAUGUUGAACCGUACAAAGGCGGGGAGUCCAUCUGGGCCAAGUACCGCAUUCCAUAUACGGCGCUACCAGAAAUUAAAAUGGGCCAAAUUGAUACGAGGUGUAAAUUUAUGCAGUGGACCCUGUCGUUCCCUUUUAUCAUCUCCUCUAUGACUGGUGGGGAGGAGCAUGGUCGCAUUAUCAAUGAGAAUUUGGCCAAGGCCUGUGAGGCAGAAGGCAUACCCUUUGGACUAGGCAGUAUGCGUAUUGUGAACAGGUAUGCUGCAGCCAUACAUACUUUUGAUGUUAAAAAAUUCUGCCCCUCUGUUCCCAUGUUUGCUAAUAUUGGACUAGUGCAGCUGAACUAUGGAUUUGGUGCUAAGGAGGUGAACCACUUAAUCAAAUGCGUCAACGCAGACGGUCUCUUUAUCCAUCUCAAUCACACGCAGGAGGCCUGUCAGCCGGAAGGAGACACCGACUUUGAAUCACUGCUAGUAAAACUUAAAGCAUUGUUGCCGCACAUUACCGUCCCAGUUGUUGUGAAGGGCGUUGGACACGGGAUAGAGCAAAGGAGCGCGAUUGCACUACAGAAAGUGGGGGUAAAGUACAUUGACGUCUCGGGAUGUGGUGGGACCUCAUGGGCGUGGAUUGAGGGCAGGCGGCAACGCGAUGUGCCGGAUGGGGAAAGCAUGGGCUACCUCUUUCGCGACGUUGGGAUCACCACGGACCUUGCCCUGCAGGAAUGUGCUUCUCUCACGCGAUCCGGCAAUCUCCACCUUAUCGCUGGUGGGGGAAUUCGCAGUGGUCUGGACAUCGCCAAAUCCCUCAUGAUGGGUGCGGAGUGUGCAACGGCAGCCAUGCCUUUUCUGAAGGCAGCACUGGAGGGCCAUGAGAAGGUGCGCGAAGUCAUCCAGAGGUUUAAAAAGGAACUUGUUGUUGCCAUGUUUGCCUGUGGCGUGAGCACCAUUGAUGAGCUGCGAGAAAAGUCCCUUUGCGUGUCUUCAUCGCUUUAG